CGUUUCCAAUAUCGACCUCCGGUUGACGAUUUUACUGGACGCAAGGAGGAAUUAAGUUUUUUGAAAGAAAAACUUUGCAUUCAAGAUCCAUCCAUAAUGGUCGUUUCGGGAUUGGGCGGAAUUGGAAAGACACAGCUCGUCAAGCAAUUUAUAGAGGAGAACAAAGAUUACUAUCGCAACGUCGUUUGGAUCAACUCACAAGGCAGUGAAUCAAUUGAGAGAGAGUUUAAAACACUAGCAGAAUCCGAACUGGAUUUAUCACUAAACGUUGAUGGCAAAGAAAGGGAUUUUCGUAGCAUAAUUCACAUGAUAUUCAACAGACUUUCAACGUCGAAAACUUUGCUUGUUUUCGACAAUGUCGACAGUGUCGAUACCGUCGCAAUUGUACUCGACAUUGUUGCAGUUGAUGUGAAACCUCACAUUCUCAUAACGUCUCGCAUUCAAGAGUUCAGCGAGUCAGUGAAUUUUAGAAAAUUGGAUGUUUUUAGUCCUGAAGUAGCUCUCGAAUAUAUUUCAACGAAAUUAGACAAAGAAACACUGGAAUAUAUGAAGGCAUUGGCGGCCACGUUGAACCACUUACCGUUGGCUCUGCGUCAAGCAACCGCUCACAUAAAAUAUCACCAAAAACAAGACGGAAAUUACAAGAUUUGCAACUACAUCGCCGAUUUCAACAAGUGCCGAGAGCAAAUGCUAAGCUCCGUUUUCUUCCAGAAAGAUAUUUUCCAUCAAUACAAAGAGACAACUUUGACAACGUGGCAGAUUACGAUGAAUGCUAUCAGGAAAUGUGAACCAGACGGAGAACUUGCGCUUCGAAUUCUGCACAUAAUGGCCUAUUUUGACAACGCACAAAUCAUGCGAGCAAUCUUCUUCAACCUGGAUGGCUUAUCCGAUGAGCCGGACCUAAAUGAGAGACAAGUGAAAUCCGCUGUACGGCUUAUCAUAAACUACUCGAUGGUAGACGACUACGAAAACCAGAGAGUCUUGAGCAUUCAUAAAUUAGUUCAGGAAGUAAUUAAAAUUCAACUCACAACUGAACAACGAUCAGAACAAAUACUAAGAGACGGCCUUGACCUGAUUUCGAAAAUGGAAGAAAACGAAAAAUUAAAACUUUAUCUUGAGCAUGGGAUCUCAGUCUACCGAUGCGCACUCGGAUUCAGGGAACUCGUCAUCAAAUUCGAUAAGUAUCCUUCGAUGAUUUUACAAAAAUUAGAUGAAACAGGAAAAUACCUGCGGGCCUUCAGCUUUGGAGCUGAAAUCAAUGAACAAUUUACAGCGAUACUGGGAAAGAAUCAUAAAAGCACGAUACUGCUUCAGUCUAACAUUGCUGCUUCGCACAUCAGGUUGGGCCAAUAUUCGGAAGCGCUUCAACUUUUCGAAAAGGUGUUAGAAAAGCGGAAAAUCGUUUUGGGUGAAGAUCAUCCCGAUACAAUUAAUACCAAGCAUAAUAUCGCCGGUUCGUACAGCUGUUUGGGCAAACAUUCACACGCGCUGCAACUGUACGAAGAGGUUUUAGAAAAGCAGAAAAUCGUUUUGGGGGAAGAUCAUCCCGAUACAAUUCGUACCAAGCAUAAUAUCGCCGUUUCGUACAGCAAUUUGGGCAAUCAUUCGCACGUGCUUGAACUGUACGAAAAAGUUUUAGAAAAGCAGAAAAUCGUUUUGGAGGAAGAUCAUCCCGAUAUAAUUCAUACCAAGUAUAAUAUCGCCGUUUCGUACAGCAAUUUGGGCAAAUAUUCACAAGCGCUUCAACUGUACGAAGAGGUUUUAGAAAAGUGGAAAAUUGUUUUGGGGGAAGAUCAUCCCGAUACAAUUCGUACCAAGCAUAAUAUCGCCGUUUCGUACAGCAAUUUGGGCAAUCAUUCGCACGCGCUUGAACUGUACGAAAAAGUUUUAGAAAAGCAGAAAAUCGUUUUGGAGGAAGAUCAUCCCGAUAUAAUUCAUACCAAGUAUAAUAUCGCCGUUUCGUACAGCAAUUUGGGCAAAUAUUCACAAGCGCUUCAACUGUACGAAGAGGUUUUAGAAAAGCAGAAAAUCGUUUUGGAGGAAGAUCAUCCCGAUAUAAUUCAUACCAAGUAUAAUAUCGCCGUUUCGUACAACAAUUUGGGCGAAUAUUCACAAGCGCUUCAACUGUACGAAGAGGUUUUAGAAAAGCAGAAAAUCGUUAUGGAGGAAGAUCAUCCCGAUAUAAUUCAUACCAAGUAUAAUAUCGCCGUUUCGUACAGCAAUUUGGGCAAAUAUUCACAAGCGCUUCAACUGUACGAAGAGGUUUUAGAAAAGCAGAAAAUCGUUAUGGAGGAAGAUCAUCCCGAUACAAUUCGUACCAAGUAUGAUAUCGCCUAUUCGUACAGCAAUUUGGGCAAUCAUUCGCACGCGCAUCAACUGUACGAAGAGGUUUUAGAAAAGUGGAAAAUUGUUUUGGGGGAAGAUCAUCCCGAUACAAUUCGUACCAAGCAUAAUAUCGCCGUUUCGUACAGCAAUUUGGGCAAUCAUUCGCACGUGCUUGAACUGUACGAAAAAGUUUUAGAAAAGCAGAAAAUCGUUUUGGAGGAAGAUCAUCCCGAUAUAAUUCAUACCAAGUAUAAUAUCGCCGUUUCGUACAGCAAUUUGGGCAAAUAUUCACAAGCGCUUCAACUGUACGAAGAGGUUUUAGAAAAGCAGAAAAUCGUUUUGGGGGAAGAUCAUCCCGAUACAAUUCGUACCAAGUAUGAUAUCGCCUAUUCGUACAGCAAUUUGAAAAAUCAUUCGCAAGCGCUUCAACUGUACGAAGAAGUUUUAGAAAAGCAGAAAAUCGUUUUGGGGGAAGAUCAUCCCGAUAUAAUUCGUACCAAGAAUAAAGUAGCCAAUUCGUACAGCAAUUUGAAAAAUCAUUCGCAAGCGCUUCAACUGUACGAAGAGGUUUUAGAAAAGCAGAAAAUCGUUUUGGGGGAAGAUCAUCCCGAUACAAUUCGUACCAAGUAUGAUAUCGCCUAUUCGUACAGCAAUUUGAAAAAUCAUUCGCAAGCGCUUCAACUGUACGAAGAAGUUUUAGAAAAGCAGAAAAUCAGUUUGGGGGAAGAUCAUCCCGAUAUAAUUCGUACCAAGAAUAAAGUAGCCAAUUCGUACAGCAAUUUGAAAAAUCAUUCGCAAGCGCUUCAACUGUACGAAGAGGUAUUAGAAAAGCAGAAAAUCGUUUUGGGGGAAGAUCAUCCCGAUAUAAUUCGUACCAAGAAUAAAGUAGCCAAUUCGUACAGCAAUUUGAAAAAUCAUUCGCAAGCGCUUCAACUGUACGAAGAGGUUUUAGAAAAGCGGAAAAUCGUUUUGGGGGAAGAUCAUCUCGAUACAAUUCGUACCAAGUAUGAUAUCGCCUAUUCGUACAGCAAUUUGGGCAAUCAUUCGCACGCGCUUCAACUGUACGAAGAGGUUUUAGAAAAGCUGAAAAUCAUUUUGGGGGAAAAUCAUCCCGAUACAAUGCGCACUAAGACUGAUAUCAGUGAUUCGUACCACAAAAUGAUUAGAUCAAAUGGGAGCUACGCGGAUUUGUUUUUUGUAUGAAUUUUCCUUCUUUUU